GGAGGUCCAGCUGAUCACUUCUCCAAUUCAAGUCUCGGAAAAGGGGAAGCCGUAAAUGGUCGUCUGAGAGAAUAUUAACGUAAUAGACGUGCUGAUGAUAUGACGGCGAUUGCGAGGUAGAAAGCAGACUUGGAAAUCUGCAAGAUAAAGACGUCCACGAGCAGAACUUGGCAGGCACGUUAAGUCCACAUAGAGAAGAGAUGGAGGAUUCUACGCAGUUCAUGGCUCAAUUGGUAGGAAACUGGAGAAAUGAGCAGGACAAUAGACAUACGUACGCAGUGCGUGGCAUCUACGAUUGGGAUGGGCCAAUCCGCCUUAGCUGUGCUUGAGCGCCACGCACAGGCCAUGCCAUAUGCGCACCAUGAGGCUGCGGACAUGAGAAUUGCUGAUACGGGCCUAGACGCUGCAAUGCGCGGCAUGACGAUAACGCAACACACCAGCACAGGGGAGAUUGGUAUUCGAAGCCAACCUCGCCAUUGCCGAGACCUAGGCGACUCUUGCAAAGUGAUGACUGACUCUGGGAGAAAGAUAGUAGGGGCUAUAGCGCUGCGCCAAAGAGGAGAGAGACCAAGUCCUGCGGACGUCGGCCGCUUGAUCAAUGUGGACAAGCGCUAUAGAAAACUGUGGCUCGCCCAAUGCGCUCUAUUCGCAUGGACAGCCUUGAUCAUCGCUCGCUGGUGUUUCUGCACGGCCUCAGCCUCUCGCCAUUCAAGGCCAGAUGCAUUUCAACUCUGUCUCAUGUCGCCUUUGGCCACUAGAAUGCUCUUCCAUCGUUCCCGUGAUACUGAGAAAUGGCCCUUCUCUGCACUGCAAGUGAAGAAAACUUAUCACGGCUCGCUAGCGUGGCUUUGGCCAUUUGGAGUCCCCGUUGACCGCGAUAAGCAGCUCCGAUGAAGAGCUCGGCUAGUAAAUACUUGACAUGCAUGAGCCUCGUGUACUCUGAUAUCGUCCUUGGGAUCACUGCGG